AUGCCACCAAAGAUCCUCGUUCUUGCAGGAGCCCCAGAUAACAAGACCUUGAACUGGGAGUCGACAGAUCUCUUGGGCGCCUUCUUGGAGCCGCUGGCACGGUUCGCUGGUAUAUACGAGCCUCCCCCUUCGCUCACAGCCGACGCUGUAGACGACUCAGCUCUUGAUACGGCAGUCUGGAGGUCUAUCCCACUGGAGAGGACCAAACUGAGAACGGGAUUCUCUCAACUUCACGAGUUUGAAGGCCAGUACCAAGGCAACCACGACUUCUUCAGCACUGCCGACACACAAAACACAGACGCUGGGAGCCAGUCUGUGCGAGAUGAUUUUUACGAACACUCAUUGCGCGUUCACGACAUACCUUCCUCCCAGUUGCCGGAUGAAACUGGCUCGACGGCCGUCUCUUCAUUCGACACUACUUACGAUGACAGUCGUGAGGAUUCUUUGCAGACGACCAGCUUCUCCACCCAAGGAGACCGCACCCUGGGCAUUGGCACUUCCCACUUGAGCGAUCUCGAGGAUCUGCCGAAUGCAACCUACCUCAAGUCUAUCUCUCCACAGACCAUGUCAGUCAACCUGAUAGUAGGACUUAUUUCCGUUGCAGAGCCCAGAGCCGUCAGGACCAGGUGGGGCACUUCCAAAUCUCUGGUCGAGCUCCUGGUCGGCGAUGAGACAAAAUCCGGCUUCAGCAUCACAUUCUGGUCAUCUCAGGACUCCAGAUCGAGUACGGACCAGACCCUCAAGAGCCUGCGACGGCAGGACAUUGUCCUGCUUCGAAACGUGGCCCUCAGUGACUUUAUGCAAAAGGUCCAUGGCCACAGCCUGCGGAAGGACUUGACCAAGAUCGACCUCCUUUACCGCCGCAAGCUAGACGAGGAGGAUAUAGGAGGAUUUUACAGUACGAGGGAUCUUGCCUCCCGCCGGCGUACGCAUCCACAGCUUUUAAAGACUCGGAGAGUACGGGACUGGGUUCUGAAUUUCGUGGGCGGCGGUGGGACGUCUUUGGGAAAGAGGAAAGAGAAAGGGAAAACUGUGAGGAGCUGGGAGAUGCCUCCACCUGACACUCAGUGA